AAGAUGGGCAAAAGAUUCCUGAAACCUCUAGCGGCAGGUCUGGAGCAGAGUUCAGGAGUUUUGGGGAGGUGGCAUGUAUCCUUCCCCGGUCACCUGUACGUUACGGAACACCUGCUACUAACGAAGGCGCGGUGGCUCAUGGGAUGCUGGUCUCUGUCAGUAACGAUGGAGAACGGUUCAGUGGAGAGUUGUUCUUCACAGUGUACGACUCUGUCUGUCAGGAGUGUACUGAAGGAGGUGACUGUGUGUGGAAGCAAAACACGUGCAACAUCCGAGGACACUGCUUCGGGGUUGAAGAACCAGAUCCCAACAACUGGUGUCUACAAUGUCUGCCUCAAUUUUCUAACACGACCUGGUCCAACAGGCAAAAUAACAGCCCACCGUCUUUCACCACCUCACCGACCAUCACAAAGCUUCCCGAUGAAAACCUGACCAUGGCCCUGAGCGCUGUAGACCCAGAAGGCAGACCUUUGACCUUUAGUCUCGUGACAUCGGGAGGUCCAGGCGUUACUGUGAAGCCAGACGGCGAGCUGACGUGGAUAGGAGACUUCACAACAACGUUCGACAUCAGCGUUACUGUUCAGGAUGAGUGUGGUUCAUCAGCAGAGCAGACGUUUCAGCUGACGACCACAACGUGUGACUGCCAAAAUGGAGGACUGUGUGUUCCUGAUCCCGACAAGCCUCGCGGCCAAGGCUACUACAACUGUGUCUGUCCAGGGUACACCGGGCAACUGUGUGAAACAGAAAUUGACGAAUGUCAAUCAAACCCAUGUUCCAACGGAACCUGUAUUGACCAUGUGAAUGGCUACAACUGCACCUGCGCGGAAGGAUACAUUGGUGUUAAUUGUGAUGUGAGUGUUAAUAAUAAAUGUGCCCUGGAGCCGUGCUUCCCAGGGGUCUCUUGUGUUAACCUGCAGGACGGAGGUUACCAGUGUGGUAGAUGCCCUCCUGGCUUCAUUGGAAACGGAUUUGAGUGUGAAGAUAUAAACGAGUGUGAUCUGAAUAACCACGGCUGUCCACAUCUUUGCGAGAAUCUACCGGGAACUUACGAGUGUACCUGUCCAGAAGGACUAGCUCCGGUUGGUGAUCUUUGCACGGAUUUGGAUGAAUGCCAUUUGGAGCUGGAUGACUGCUCCCAUUCCUGCACAAACACCAACGGAUCCUACACCUGCGGAUGUCCACCCGGUUAUGUACUUGGUACUGAUGCAAGAACAUGUGAUGAUAUCAAUGAAUGCAGCAGCUCGCCUUGCCAACAUGAAGGUCUAUGCCAAGAUGGCGUCAACCAAUACAGUUGUUCCUGUACCCACGGCUGGGCUGGAUCGCAUUGUCAAGAUGAUCUGGAUGAAUGUAACCUGAUAAACCACGGUUGUGAGUACCAGUGCCAAAACACUCCAGGAAGUUAUUCCUGUGUGUGUCCGGAGGAAUACACUGUCGGCGCUGACGGCAAAUCCUGCGUGGAGACUCAACAUCAGGAAACAACAAAGGAGAGCGAGAAUACACAGCAACCUAUUCAAGCAACUACCUUGAAAGUUGAUGACUGCAGGAGCCACCCUUGUCCAGACAAAGUACACCAAGACUGUGUCGAAGUAGAGGGUUUAUUUGUUUGCCAGUGCGUACCUGGCUACUAUCUGUCGGAGGAUGGCACGCAAUGCAAAGAGACUACAACGUUUAACACGGAGGUGACAAUUUCCCACAUCGGCACCAAUGAAGCGGUUUUCACAGAGAACGGUCUGGGUGAUCCGGAAUCAGAGGAGUUCAGCACAACUAAGGAAGAAGUGGAAGCUGCAAUCGAUGGAAUCUUCGCCACCAGCGAUCUGGAUAAUCGCUACAAAGGUUGUAAGGUCACAGGUUUUCGAGCAGGAAGUGUCAUCGCCAUCUUCGACGUCUACCUCGGCGAAGGAGGGACUGUCUCAACCGUUGAGAUCAAAGACAUCCUGUACGCCGGGAUACUGCUCAACAACAAUACUUUGGGCUCUGCUGGUUCAAUCGUGGUGAUUCCAUCAUCCAUCCUGGUGUUUAAAGCUGUCUCCAAUGAGAACGCGCCCUGGUACAAGGAGCCGCUGUACCUGGCACUGCUUUGUGUUGGCAUUGCAGUUGUGGUCACAGUUGGUUUGGUUGUCGUUCUCCUCAACUACACUGGUCGUAAGUACCGCCGUUGCGGCCCUAGCACAGCGAAGUUUGAUGAGUACAACAUGAACAUGGAGUUGACUGCCAAGAACCCAUCUGUUAAGGCUUACAACUAGUUGAUGUCUUAAUUGCAGUAAUUAGAAACCAAUUAAACUAUUGAAUCAUUUGCCAAGUUACCACACUAAAAGUAGAAAAAAAGGAAUAAGAAAUGUUGCACGAACAUGUAAUUCAAUAAAACCUUUCCAAAACGUAAUCCGAAAUGGAACGUUAUUACAUUGUAAAAGAGGUCAGAGACCUCCGCUGAGUAUUGCGAUUUGUUGUGCCCGUACCUUCGCAGCUGUAAGUCAUGCUACUUUUGUUCCAAUGGUAUGUAGUUUGGCAUGUCGUCUGCUAGUACACAUGAGAUGACGCGUAUGUAAACCGGAGCAGUUUUCAGAGUGCAUAUUUUAUUUUAGAAGACAACCCUAUUUUGAUGGAACUGUGAUUUUUUUAUCAUUGUGUGAUUUGUGCUCGUUGUUGUGUAACGAUGGUAACCACCCUGCAGGUGGCUGAACAGCUGUCGGUGUUUAAACAUAUCCAAGACAACAUCAGUGAGGAUAUUGACAAAUGGCACAUUUGUGAUUAUUUCAUAAUUGAAGUGUUUGUUUUGCUUUUUGUAGGUUUUUUUUUUACAUUUUCUUCGGCACAACACACCUUCGCCCAAUCUGCUAAUAGUGUCACAACAGCACGGAUAUUUGUGUCAAAUUGACUCUUGUUUAGCUUAAGAGUGGUGAUUUCGUGAGGCCAUGAGAUUUAUUAGAUUGAAACUGUAUAAUUCAUAUGUAUUAUGCAUUUCUUUUUUAUGAUCCACCUAAAAAUAUACAGUAGAAAAUAGUACACAAUUGCGUUUGGUU